UGGAUUAUGAUUCAGCACCAAAAGACAGUUCACGAAGGUCGCAAAGAUUUCGCAUGUAAUAAGUGCGAGAAGAAGUUUACUCAAAAACCUAGUUUGCUCACCCACUUAGAGACGGUACACAAAGAUCGAAAAGAUUAUGCUUGCGACAAGUGCGGGAAGAAAUUUGGUAAAAAACAGAACUUGCUUAGACACCAAAAAACAGUCCAUGAAGGUUGCAAAGAUUACGAAUGCAAUAAAUGCGAAAAACAAUUUGGGAUACAAAGCAAUUUGCUACGACACCAAAAGACAGUACACAAAGACCUCAAAGAUUACUCAUGCGACGAGAGUGAGAGGAAAUUUGGAAGUAAAUCAGAUUUUUUGAAGCACCAAGCGACAGUUCCCAAAGACCAUUAAGAUUUUGUGUACAUUCAUCGAAUUUGAGUUGACAGUGAAAAGCAGUUUAUAAAAUUCACAAAACCACCUUUUUUUCUCAUAAUGGAAAAUAUGCGCAAUUACAUCCAAUUUUACACCGGAUGAUAAUCCAGUCUUGAUACCCUUCAUGAAUAAUUGCUUGGCUUAGUUCCUCAAAAAAUAGCGUAUAUCUCAUCAGUGAACUAAUGAAAAGCGAUGAUUUUUUUCUUGACUGUUGUAAGUAGGUGUAAAUACUUAUGUAGAUGUUUUCCUAAAAUUUCAAUAAAAAUU